AUGGAAUCUCACAAAAAGUGCCGCUGCUGCUACUGCACUGACUUGAAGACCUUUGCAGGAGCAGUGAAGGAGGAAACACUUGAGGAUCCACAGCCUAGCUUGAGCUCGACGCUUUUGGAGGGAGCAAACUACCAGGGAAACGAGGAACUUGAAACAACUUACUACUCCAACUUUGGAGACAGCCAGAAGGAGGAAGAAGAGGAGAUGGAGACCUCUCUGUUCAACUCCAUGUUUCUAGAAGAAACAAACUACCAGGAACCCAAGGAACAAGAACCCGCGAGCGAAGAAGCAACAGCAUCUGUUGCAGAAGCACCACGAGCCAGGAAGGGGAAUGAAAAUCUUGGACGUGGCAUCCUGGAGUCCAACGCUCAGCUGGGGGAGGCGGAUGCCGCCCCCAUGCCACAGUCCCUGAUGCGGCCUCUAAUGCAACCUGUUGCACGGUCUUCGCUGCAAUCCCUGCCGCCAAAUCCGCUGCAGCAGCCCCAGGGGCCCGAGCAGCAGCCCCAGGGGCAGCCGGAGCAGCAGCCCCAGGGGCAGCCCCAGCAGCAGCCGAAGCCCCGCCGCUACCGCAUUUCCUUCACGCAGAUCCAACUGCAGGAAUUGGAAGCCUAUUUCCAGCGCGUUCAGUACCCGGACCUGUUUGCUCGAAUGGAGCUUGCCAGACGCCUGGGCUUGCCUGAAUCCAGAGUUCAGGUUUGGUUUCAGAACAGAAGGGCCAAGUGGAGACGACUUCGGCGGGCACAAGCAUAUAGAAACAUGGUUCCAGUGGCUAUGGGUCCCCCUGUGGGUGUAUUCGUUGAUGAUCGUUAUGGUCCCAUCCCUGUUGUGGAGGUUAUUUGGAAAUGCUACCCUAUGGUGCCGCGUCCCAUGCACCCUCAAAUGAUGCCUCUUCCACCCAGGGGCCCUCCAAUAUUCAGAAUGCCUCUACCAUUUAGGCCACCCCCUCCACCUCCGUUUCCAUGGCCACCUGUACCACCUGAGAUCCACAUGCCCAAUGCAGCGAUGGGAUAUAACCCCAACCCCAAUCCCAACCCCAAUCCCAACCCCAACCCCAACCCCAACCCCAAUCCCAACCCCAACCCCAACCCCAACCCCAACCCCAACCCCAACCCCAACGGAAAUGUCAAUUCUGCGGGUCCUAGAUACUGA